AGUGUGUUUUUGUCUGGGAGUCUGGGGUGAUCACGUACGCAUCUGCACAUACCUAUAAAUCAGUGUUUAUUUUUAGUAGAGGUUCCGAACAUUUUCAAAAAUACUUGUAAAUACUUGUGUUAUAUCUAAGAAAUGUAGAGAUAACUACUUAAUCCGAGCGUGGAGAAUCCUUUACUACCGGUUAUACAAAAAUUCGGGAUAUUAAUAUCUAAAACUAUCUCUUUAUAUGGUGAAAACGAACUCUUAAACAUAAAUACAUAUACAUGUGCAUGUAUUCGACAGAGCCAUGAGCUUCGGUAAUUCGUUUACUUGGCUUUGAGUGUGUGAAUCUGUCACAGUAUAUAAAUCAACUCUCCGAUCAAAUCAGAUAAUAAACUAAUCCGUCGCAUCCAAAAUAUAGAUAAUGUGCUUAAGUUACCUUUCUCGAAAGUAAAUAGCUUUUCAACAAGGUCUUUAACUAAAAAAAAAACAACAUAUUUGAAAUUUAAUAAUAGCGCGAAACUUGUGAUAUUAUAACAAUAUAAUCCUUAAGCCAAACUAUCGUUUUAUAUUUUCUAUUGUUUUGUUGUAAUUAUUUAUGAAAGUCUCGAUUAGUUUUAAUUGUAAAAGUCGAAAGUGGCCAAGGGAAAAUCCUGGAAAUUUAUUUCGAACAUUACGAAAAGUACUAUCGAGUGAACUGUAUACGUGUAUAUGAGUCCCGGCAUAGUGAAACAGUGUGCUGGUUUUUAAAGUUUCUUUUAGAAAACAUUGUAUACUGAUUGUGUAAGAUGCAUAUAGCAUGCAAAUGUUUAAAUGUGUCCAUAAAGUCCAGGGGCACUGAACUGCAGAAGGUCAACAUCAAUGAUAUUGAAUUGACACCUGAAGAGCAGAACGACGGUUUCUUUCAGCAGAACCUUGCAUCAAUACCAGAACUUGAAGGUAUUACUAAGGAACAACCAGGUUUGGUAGAGAUAAGAAAUAUAGGAUCAUGGGUUAUUCACCGUUGUUACAAUUGUUCAAUAUAUACUCAUGCUGUGCAUAGAGAUUAUGGUGCUGCUUUAGUUCUUAUUAAUACUGAUAUUGUUACUUCACCUGAAGAAAUAAACAAAUUAAGGUCCAAUCCAGAUUAUAGUCCAGUGUUUAGAAUAGUAAUCACUCAUAAUACUUUGGAUGAACUUGAUUAUUUUCAACAACCUACCAAAUUCUCUGUGUCACAGUUACCUAAUAAUGUACAAGUGGCUUUGGGUGGUCUCCAACAGCAGCUUGAAGAAGCUGUUCAAAGACAGUCUACAGAAAUAGAAAAUAAAAUUCGUGCUUUUACAUCUGAGCAAUAUCAAUUGUUAGAGCAGUUUCGUGAAAGAGCUCAUAAUGAACAUAGAUUAUUGAGAAGGCUAAUUUGUAAAGGAGAAGAAAUGAAUAGAUUAACAAAUAACAUAGAAACUCCUCCUACAACUCCAGACAGUUUUACAACCAGUUUAACUACCUCUACAACAAAUACAGUAAACACAUCACAAGUAGUAUCAAAUGAGACGAAAAUUAUUACAAAUUCUAAUGUUAAAUAUGAAACUGGUGCUAAACAUUCUCCUAAUCUCCUUGUUAAUGGUAGCAUAGAUAAGAAAGAUCGAAUAUACAUAUACACUAAAGAACCAACUAGUUUUGACACAGAAGCUUUAUUUCCUUUGGAAGGGAUGGAAGACACUCUUAAUACUGAUCAAGUUCAAUCUUCAGAGGAAGGAUCUGAUACAGACGAUUCAGGUCAAGAUGAAGGUAUUCACAUGCCAAGGGGACAAAGAGGCGGACAUCCUACAUUAGCCAAGUCGUUACCAGUUAGUGUUCCAUCUUUUCCAUCAUUUGUCCGUAAAACAGUUCAAGAUGAAGAUGAUGAUCAGCUCUCAAGAGAUCCACAUGAUCCACAUAACAUUCGAGCUUCAAUUAAAGCUUUAGCGAAAAGCGUUCAUGGUGAUACAGUAUUUGGAGACUUGCCACGUCCUCGUUUCUCUACUCAAAUCUGACUUUGCAAUAUUGUCAAAGAAAGAGAAUGAAUUCACGUUAAAACUUCAAUAUAAAUAUAAAGUACCUAUUAUUCAUAACUGUCUUUCAAUGAAUGCUGCAAGAGUUUGGUGUAAGCAAAGGCAGAAUAAACAUAGAAAUAUACGAAAUUAUUGAUAUUUCGCGUAUAUUUUGAAUAUAUUUUAAGAUAAAAUAUUAUUUCAAAUCUUAGCUUUGUUAGUAUAUUGAGUUCAUAAAGAAAAAGAUUUUCAUACCUGCAUAUACUUGAGGCUAUGUUAUAUAAAUGUGCUAUAUAUUUGUUACUGAUUGUAUAACGUAGGACGUAAAAAAGAAAAAAAGAUAUUUAGAUUUCAAGAAUCAAUCCAACGUGAGAUUUACGAUGCCAUAUCUAAAGUAAAAUCGUACCAGAAAGAAAAAAAGGGCAAAGAAAGUUUUUUACUUAUCAAUUAGUGACUAAGCUAUUGAAAUAAUUUUACAAUAAUAGUUAUUAUUUUUACGAUGCAUCAUUAUUAUUAGAUGUAGAAUAAUUGAUUAUAAGUUACGCUAUAUUAACUUCAUAUUACUCUUAUAAAUUGCACUGAUGUCAUACAUAAUGUUUUAUUACAUUAAUUCAGCUCUUGAUACUUUUUUUGCAUGUAAGAGAAUUUUUUUUAGUUAAAUAAUAUUUUUCUAUAAUAACUGUAUGUAAAUUACUGCGUUUGAUUCAACUAAAUUUAAAUAGUAAUCGAAGUUGUUCGUUCAAAAAGUUUAGAUUUCCCACUUUAUUUAUUAUGUUGUAAUGCAUCUGUUAACAUGUCUAUCUUUUGAUAAAUUGAAUUAUUAACAGAAAAAUUGUAGCAUAAAAAUGUACUGCGAUUCAAAGAAACAUUUUUGUUAUAAUAUAUAUACAUAUAUUGUUUUUGUAAACACGUAUACGAAGACAGUCUUAGAAGUAUAUAUAUAUAUGUCUAUGUUGAUAUUAAAAAAUUGUAUGUGAGACAUACAGAUAAAAAAAUGUUUAUAAAAAAUUUCGUUUACGUAUGUUUUUGUACGAACAUAUAAUGAUAAAGAUUUCAAUAGAUAUUUUUACUUUACUUUUAUAUUUUGAAUUCGCUUAAAGUCACUUGUUGCAUUAAUUUUUUAUAGAUUUAUAUCAUUGAUUUUUUAAGGUUUGUAAUUUUUGUACCAGUUAACAGUAUCAUGUGAUAAGCAACAAAUUACAGAUUAGAAACAAUUAAAUGAAUUAGUACAAAAGCCUAUGUGACUCUUUUGAUAUGUAAUGCACAGUUAUAAAGUUGUAUAUGAAUGUUCUACUGAUCAAAUUGUAGAAUGUGAGAAAUGCUCCAAAAAAUGUCAAAAAUUCUCUUUAUCACAUAUAAAAAUUGAUUAAUGAAAAUAAAAUGUUGCUGUACGAAAAAUA